AUGAGGAACAGAAAACCUUCAGUGCUCCCCUCACUUAUCGGGGUCAUGUUGCUCUGGCCGUAUGUACUCACCAAGAGUGUCUCAUCCAAACUGCAAACUGCAGACAGCGCCUCCCUAUCUGCAGGAGAGCGCCCUCAUGUGGCGAAGCGGUCGACACAGAGCUGCGACAGCUCGUAUGACAACUUCUGCCUGAACAACGGUCAUUGCAUGCUGCUGGUGGACAUCAACGAGCACCACUGCAAGUGUGAGAGCGGCUAUUACGGCCCCAGGUGUAGCAAUCCAGAGCUUGUCGUCCAGCCAAUGGGAGAAGAGCAGAUCAUUCUUACCAUUUUCUGUGUGGGUUUGCUGAUUAUAGGUCUGUCUGGAGCUCUGUACUUCUUCUGCAAAUGGUAUAAGAAAAACAGAUUCCCACGUCAACAGAAACGGCAGGGUUACAAAGGAGUUCAGACGGCUUAA